AUGGUCCUAACCGUCCUCUAUCCUCCUGACGGAGUUGGAGUUAGCGUAGCCUUGACCCUUACUGUCGACAUUGUCUUUGUCCAUGGCCUCAACGGAGAUGCGACUGGAUCCUGGACGAACCCUGACACAAAAGCUUUCUGGCCAAAAGAUUUCCUCCCAAGCGACAUUCCCGACGCUCGAGUGAUGACUUUUGGGUAUAAUGCCGAUGCUGCAUUUGGCAAUACAACCGCAGAUAUUGUGGAUCAUGCUAAAGAUCUGCUUAGUAGCCUGAUUGACAAACGAGAAGAAGAGCACGAAAAUCAGAGACCCAUUAUAUUUAUCGCUCACUCACUUGGUGGUAUUGUAGUGAAGCAGGCUCUCGUCUCGGCUCGGAUCGAAUCUCAAUACUCUCCUAUCUGCGAACAUACUACUGGGAUCAUCUUCUUUGGAACGCCACAUCACGGUAGUGACAAAGCGGCGUACGGGAAAAUUCUCACAAAUGUCGCUUCAACCGUGAUGCGCAAGCCAAACUCGAAACUUCUCAGCGCCUUGGAGACCAACAGCGAUACACUGGCUCGACUUACGUCGGAUUUCAGACAUCAGUUGCCGCAGUAUGAGAUCGUCAGCUUUUACGAGAGAAAGCCUCUAGGGAUAUUCAAAAAGGAGAGUGUUGAGAAGCAGUCGGCAUUGCUAGAAGUUGCUAGAGAAGACCAGAUACCCGUUGAUGCGAACCAUCGAGACAUGUGCAAGUUUUCAGGACGUGAUGACGGAGAUUAUGAGAAAUUAUUCAAAAGAAUACGGAGGAUUCUUCGGGCAAAGGGCGAUGUAAAGCAAAGUAUUAGUGAUCCCUGCAAUAAACAUUACUUGAUCCCACAUAAUGUCAGUGCGGUAUUCACUGGGCGGUACGACGUGUGUAAAAUGCUGCAGGAGAGCUGUCUAUCAUCAGGACCCUUCAAAAUGAAACGCGUAUUUGUCUUGUACGGCUUAGGAGGCUCUGGAAAAACACAAGUGUCGUUGAAAUUUGCCCAAGACAACCGGGAGAGUUUCUGGGGUGUGUUCUGGAUCGACAGUAGCAACGAUCAAACAAUCGAGCAAGGAUUCUCAAAGAUCGCUCAAAGUUGCCAGAUCGAAGAUGAUAUACUAUCGAUUCGGACUUGGCUCUCAAAUAUUCCUCAACAGUGGCUCUUGAUCUUUGAUAACGCAGAUGAUCCCUCCAUUGAUAUCUCUCGCUACUUUCCUGUUGGCUCACGGGGAACUAUUCUAAUAACUACACGCAAUCCUGAAUGCAAAGUUCACCAAACGGUCGGGUCGUACGAAUUUGCAGGGAUGGGGGUUGAAGAGGCCGUGGAUUUGCUUCUCAAGGCUAUUGGAACGGACGAUCUAUCUUCACAAGCCUCCCGACUAGCAGCCAGGAGCAUUGUGACGACUUUAGGGAGCCUCUCUUUGGCCAUCAUCCAAGCAGGGGCUGUUAUCAGGCAAAAGCUAUGUCGGUUGGAAGACUACUGUGAUACAUAUCGACGUCGCCGGCAAGAGCUGUUAAGCCGCGCGCCUACUCAAGCUAGCUCUGAUUACAAGUAUACAGUCUACACAACUUGGGAAGUCUCUGUCAAUAUGAUCGAAGGAAUGGGCAAUGAGGUUGCGAGUCAUGCGCUCGAACUGCUUCGGCUGUUCUCUUUCUUUCAUUUUGACGGGAUUUCCGAAGAAAUCUUUAGGCAAGCUUGGGGAAACACAACACGCAAGCCAUGUUCGGACUGGAAAGCCUCAUAUCAAGUCGACUGGUUUUAUGAAGAUGAUUCUGAAUGGGAUCCAUACCAUAUCCGAGAAGCUAUCGCUUUGCUAUCAUCUUUCUCUCUGAUACAAGUCGAUGGGUUGACUAAUAACGUCUCAAUACACCCCCUUGUUCACGCAUGGGCUCGUGACAGGCUAGGUAUACCAGAACAGGAAAAGUGGUCAUUUACAACAGCUCUAAUAUUGGCGGACUCUAUAUCUUGGAGGCAGAAAACGUCUGAUUAUAGCUUCCGAAGAUCUUUAAUAUCUCAUGUUACAACUUGUAUAACUUUCUUAACGCCAGAAGCUUUAUUUAUUAUUGGUAAUAGUGAGGAAGAACGCCUUGAGACAGUUAGCAAAUUUAUCUGGGUUUUGGUUGACACUGGCCAAUGGCAAAAGGCAGUCCAGCUUCAGGAGCAAGUACUUGAAGUAAGGAAGAGAACGUUCGGGGACGAGCACCCUGAUACUCUCCGGUCAAUGGGCAAUCUUGCGGCGAGCUAUAGCGAUCUCGGCCGACGACAGGAGGCUGUAGAGCUUGAGGAGAAGGUGCUUGAAAUAAGGGAGAGAACGCUUAGGGACGAGCACCCUGAUAUUCUCUUGUCAAUAAGUAAUCUUGCAAGGAGCUAUAGCGAUCUCGGCCGACGACAAGAAGCUGUAGAACUUGAGGAGAAAGUACUUGAAAUAAGGAAGAGAAUACUUGGGGAUGAGCACCCUGAUACUCUUCUAUCAAUAAGUAAUCUUGCAAGGAGCUAUAGCGAUCUCGGCCGACAACAAGAAGCUGUAGAACUUGAAGAGAAAGUACUUGAAAUAAGAAAGAGAAUACUCGGGGAUGAGCACCCUGAUACUCUCCGGUCAAUAAAUAAUCUUGCAGCGAGCUAUAGCAAUCUCGGCCGACAACAAGAAGCUAUAGAACUUGAAGAGAAAGUACUUGAAAUAAGAAAGAGAAUACUCGGGAAUGAGCACCCUGAUACUCUCCGGUCAAUAAGUAAUCUUGCAAUGAGCUAUAGUUAUUUCGGCCGACAACAAGAAGCUAUAGAAUUUGAAGAGAAAGUACUUGAAGUACGAAAGAGAAUAUUUGGGGACGAGCACCCUGAUACUCUUCUAUCAAUAAGUAAUCUUGCAGUAAGCUAUAACGAUAUCGGCCGACAACAAGAAGCUAUAAAACUUAAAGAAAAAGUACUUGAAAUAAGAAGAAAAAUACUCGGGGACGAGCACCCUGACACUCUCUUGUCAAUAAGUAAUCUUGCGAUGAGUUAUUACGAUAUCGGCCGACGACAAGAAGCUAUAGAACUUGAGGAGAAAUCGCUUGAAGUAAAGAAGAGAACACUUGGGGACGAGCACCCUGACACUCUCUUGUCAAUAGAUAAUCUUGAGUUCUAUCUUACUAACUUAGCUAAUCCUCUAAAUCUUGAUCUUUAUUCAACUUUACAACCUGAGUAUCGGAUUGAACGGAAGAUAAGAAGUCGCUGGACUUUGAGAUCUUUGGCUAAAAGGAUUUAUCGAUAA